GAAUAGGGAACGAACUCUUUUAAUGCUAGGAGUGUUCUGGACGCUCUGAAGCUGCUUUUAUAUACCCCUAAGAUCUAUCACAUUGUUAAGCAACAACAACAAAUAUAGGCCUUCAUUCAUCUGGGUAUCUGUGAAGGCUCAGAAGAUAGCAAUGGGUGUCUACGUGGGCGCUCAAUUUGUGGGUUUACUUUUCAUUUUGUGGUCAUGCUGUGAUAUGCAUGUGCAUGUGCAUGCGGCGCCUUCAUACUUUAUUUUUGGAGAUUCACUGGUGGACAGUGGCAACAACAAUUAUCUUUCCACCGAUGCCAGAGCUGACGUCUAUCCCUAUGGGAUAGAUUCUGCCACUCAUUUACCUUCUGGACGGUUCUCCAAUGGACGCAACAUUCCGGAUUUUAUAUGCAUGAAGCUGGGCAUACAACCUAUUCUUCCAUAUUUAGACCCUGCCAUCAAUAAUGGAAGUACAUUGCUCCGGGGUGCCAAUUUUGCGUCUGCGGGCAUUGGAAUUCUCAACGACACAGGAAUCCAAUUUGCAGAAAUUCUGAGGAUUUAUCAGCAGUUCGAUUUGUUUAAUGAGUAUAAGGGCAGGAUCACGCGGAUGAUCGGAGCUGCUCGAGCCAACAGGCUUGUCUCACAGGCGCUUUUCUCCAUUACUCUUGGCGGAAACGAUUAUGUCAAUAACUACUAUCUCACACCCGUUUCAGCCAGAUCUCUGGAGUACAAUUUACCAGAUUACACUCGAUUUAUCGUUUCCGAAUACAAGAAAUAUCUCAGACGACUAUACACGAUGGGAGCAAGGAAGGUGUUGGUAACUUCAACAGGGCCGUUGGGAUGUGUUCCUGCAUUGAGGGCAAUGAGGUCUACCAAUGGCGACUGUGCUCCAGAUCUACAGCGAGCCUCUGGAUUAUUUAACCCGCAGUUGUCUGAUGUUAUAAGACAGCUUAAUAGUGAGGUGGGGGCCCAAGUCUAUAUCUUCGCUGACAUGUAUUCACGUAGCAUGGGCAUCUUCAGCAAUCCUACUAGAUAUGGAUUUACAGAUUUCUCAGAUGCAUGCUGCGGACAAGGUCCACAGAAUGGCAUAGGGCUGUGUACUCCGGCAUCAAAUUUGUGUCCCAAUAGAAAUCUUUAUUUGUAUUGGGACAACUACCAUCCAAGUGAAAGGGCAAACAGCAUCAUUGUGGAUGAAGUUUUUAGUGGGAUGUCUCCUGUUGUAAGCCCAAUGAACAUCAGGCAGCUGAUGAACAUGACAAUGGAGUGAUUGCAAAGCUCUCAAGAUUGACAGGAAGAUUAUCAUGGAUUAUUUCCGGUUAUGUUUUUAUAAAUAAUUGUUUGUCUUUGGUAAAUCAUUGCCAAGUCACUACAUUCUAUCAUGCUAGUGUUGAAUUCAAUAAUUAUGCAGUGUGAUGUUAUGACCACCAGUUGUGCCCCACCACGUUGCAGAAUGCGACCAGUCUAUUCAAUAUAAUAGAAGAAAGUCCUAUUCAAUAUAAUAGAGAAAAGUCUCUGUCUUUCAUUCA